GCUCUGCUACCUGACAUGGCCAACUCUUACAAACUACUGCUCACUGGUCUCGGGGAAGAUCCUGAACGUGAUGGCUUGCUAAAGACUCCAGAACGCGCUGCUAAAGCCAUGCUGUUCUUCACUAAAGGAUAUGACCAAAGCUUGGAAGAUGUCCUGAACAACGCAAUCUUCGACGAAGACACCGACGAGAUGGUGGUGGUGAAGGACAUUGAAAUGUUCUCCAUGUGCGAGCACCACUUGGUGCCUUUCUACGGCAAAGUCUCCAUCGGUUAUCUACCGCAGGGCAAGAUCUUGGGACUGAGCAAGCUUGCCAGAAUCGUGGAGAUUUUCUCCCGCCGUCUCCAGGUACAAGAGCGCCUUACCAAGCAAAUCGCUAUUGCGGUCACCCAGGCAGUGCGACCUGCUGGAGUCGCCGUUGUCGUUGAGGGAGUCCACAUGUGCAUGGUGAUGCGAGGAGUUCAGAAGAUCAACAGCAAGACGGUCACGUCAACCAUGCUUGGAGUCUUCCGGGAUGAUCCUAAGACCAGGGAGGAGUUCCUCAACCUUGUCCAUUCCAAGUGAGAAGCUGGCUGGAACUUGGCGUUCUUUUGGCUUCACUUGUGUUCUGAUGUCUUGGCCUUGUUUAUGAGCUAUUUUUAAGUAUCAUCUCGGAGCGUAUAUUACUUUU